UCAACUUGUUAUACCAGAAAAAAAAGAAAACAAAGGGAAAACAAUAUCUGCGACUGCAAUAGAUACUUAAACCCCACCCCAAUCACCCUCUCCCUCUCAUUUCAUCAAGGAAGUUUUGCAGACAGCAAAAUUGGAGGGAGAUACAGAGACAGGUCAGAGGCCCAGAAAUUGUAAACCUCAAACUAGUAAAAGAAUACUAGUUCUAUAAAGCUUGUUGAAAUGCACCUCAGAAGCUCAUCAACCCCAGUCACUGAAACAUCUUUUUCAUGCAACUCUUCUUCUCCAGAAUUUAAUCAAGAAUCCGAAAGUUUAAGCUUGGAAGGCAUCCGGCGAGUUCUGUCUGAUGGAAACUUAGAAGGAGGGCUAGUCUUUAGUUUUUGUGACAUGGAAGAGUUUAGGAAUUCAGUUGCACCAUUAAAGUCUUCAUAUACACAUGAUCACAACUCAAUGCUGGAAACAGCUCCUUCUUUUAAUAUAUUUAACAAAGCAAGUGAGUUUCGUGAUGAAAUGAUUCAGAGGCAAGAUUUGAAACAAGAACCACUAGAGAGGAGUAUUACAAUAGGAGAUAGCUUAGACGUGGCAGGGCUUGGAGGCUUCAGCUUUGAGAAGAAGAUGCGAUGGAUUGAAGAGAAGGGUGAAGAGGAGGUGAAAGUGGAAGGUUUGAAGGCGAUCCGAACUUUGCGCGUUGACGAAGAAGUAGGAAGACCUGCCAGUCCUCCCAUGUAUCUUGCAACAGGGCUUGGGGUUGGUGGUGCUGGUUUUGGUUGUGAUGCUUGGGAUAAUGAUUUAUCUAUGGAAAAUGUCGACGAGAACGGCAACCCGGAAGAGUAUUAUAAGCGGAUGGUUGAUGAAUAUCCCUGCCACCCUUUGUUCCUUAGGAAGUAUGGUCAAGCUUUAGAGGCUAAGGGAGAUUUUGAUGGAGCUGAAGAGUUCUAUUUUCGUGCUACACUAGCAAAUCCUUCGGAUGGUGAGGCUUUAUGUCAGUAUGCUGAGCUGGUUUGGCAACUCCGUCAUGACCAAGAUAAAGCCUUGAGUUACUUUGAACGUGCAGCUCAAGCUAGUCCUCACGACAGCAAUGUUCUUGCAGCAUAUGCUAGUUUUCUUUGGGAAAUAGAGGAUGACUCGGAAGACAAUGAAGCAUGUCGUGAUGAGAUUGAGAUGCAGGAUGUCAUGGGCGAUAGUGUGCCUGAUACGGCAGCGGCUGGCUCAAGGAGUGACGACCCCGAGGAGAAUUACAAGAUGAUGAUUGAAGAGAACCCUGACAAUGCUUUGUUGCUAAGAAAUUAUGCUCAGUUCUUGUGGCAGUCCAAAGGAGAUCUUCAAGGAGCAGAGGAGCACUAUUUGCGGGCAAUACUAACUGAUCUUGGGGACGGUGAGAUCAUGGCACAAUAUGCUACACUGGUAUGGGAACUUCAUCAUGACAGUAAGAAGGCACUGUCGUACUUUGAGCGAGCUGUUCAAGCUAAUCCUGAAGAUAGCUAUAUUCUUGCGGCCUACGCUAAUUUCCUCUGGGAACAUGAAGAAGAUGAGGAGGACAGCGUAACGCAAGCUCAUGUCCAAGUGCCUCCUGUACAAGGAGGAGCAUUGAGCGUUGGAAACGCCUGAAUUGCUAACACAGAUUGCUGGAUUGGUGAAUAAGUUCUAAUGCUGUACGUAGAUGCAUUUCACUUUCAGAACAGUUGAGUGAACAUUUUAUGGUGAAAUUGUGCUUUUUGUAACCAUAAAAAUAAAAAAUCGAAGUAAUUUUUGGAAUAAAGUUUCAAUUUCGUUCAGAAUCUAUA